ACAUCAUCAAUGGCUGCUGCGACCGUGAACGAGCAUCUUCCCACAGCUUUGGAUGCCACUUCCGAACCACCUCCUCUAUUUGAUGGAACUACAAGGUUGUACAUCUCUUACACAUGCCCAUUUGCACAGCGUGUGUGGAUCACCCGGAACUAUAAGGGAUUACAUGACAAUAUUAAAUUAGUUCCUAUUAACCUUCAGAACAGGCCUGCUUGGUACAAAGAGAAAGUUUACCAUGAAAACAAGGUACCCGCAUUGGAACACAAUGGCAAAAUCAUCGGGGAGAGCCUUGAUUUGAUUAGAUAUGUCGACAGCAACUUUGAAGGGCCUUCUCUUCGCCCCGAUGAUCCUGUUAAAAAAGAGUUUGCUCAUGGAGAAUUAAUACCCUACAUUGAUACCUUCAACAAGACAGUGUACACAUCGUUCAAAGGAGACGCAGUUAAAGAAGCUAGUCCUGCUUUUGACCAUCUGGAGAAUGCUCUUCACAAGUUUGAUGAUGGGCCUUUCUUCCUUGGUCAAUUCAGUUUGGUGGACAUAGCUUACAUCCCGUUUGUUGAAAGAUUCCAAAUCUUCUUUUCAGCUAUGUGGAAUUAUGACAUCACCACAGGAAGGCCUAAACUUGCUAAGUGGAUCGAGGAGUUAAACAAGAUUGAUGCUUAUAAGGCAACAAAGCCGGAUCCCAAAGUGAUUGUUGAAACAUUCAAGGCCCUAUUUUCGGCUCGGCACUGAACAUUUCACAGUUCCUUUGCACAAGUGAUGGUCUGCCUUUUUGUAAUAUUUCCUGGUAUAUCAAAGGUGUCUUAUGUGUGUACGUACUAGUUGAAGACAUGGGCAGCUGAGUCUUCAGCAUGUAUGAAUUGCUUAAAUAAAUAGUACUAUGGUUCAGUACUGUACUAAAGUU